GUCGCGGGUCUUUAGUCUUUCGGAGAUUGCCGUCGGGAUCGGAGUAUCGUAGCGUGCGUUCGCCGAAUCUUCUCGUGUUUUGCGGGUGUUUUUGUCGUUAAAGGUUGUCCGUUACGGGAACCGUCGUUUCGUGCGGGAUUUGCGUCCAACGGUGAUUGAUUCCCAGCGGAGAACCUUGACGUGGACGUCCGUCCCCGUCGGAAGACAGUCGUCCAGGUGUGCCAAAAACGGAACGACUCGGAAACAGUUCCAGGCCCAUUUUGUUAUUGUUUUCGAGCGGCAGUGUUGCCAGGGAUGCUAAUGACGGCGGAAACCGUCCCGUUAAUGCUGAUGAUGUGAAAGUUUUGGACGCCGUCAACUUCCGGAAAGCUUGCUUGUUUGUGAGUGUAUGCGUGUGGGUUACAAUUGUGCAUUGUUUGCUGCCUUGUGUUGGGCUGAGUGUGUUGGGUGGUGCAUUUAUGUGCAUAGAACGACGUCGUAUCCAUAGAAGGAUGGUGUUGGUGGUGGUGGCUGUUAUGGUGAUGUGCAGCCGGAUGAUGAUCCUGUGAGUUGGGAAUUGCAGCGUUUUAGUGACAGUGGAGCUCCCUUGUGACAGAAGGCAGACAGAAGAGAAGUGGCAGUUUGUGGCAGCAGAUCGAGGAAGCGAAAGUGAACUCCUGGAACGAACGAGAAAGCAGGUGUUGUUUUAUUGAGCUCGAGCCCCCAACAACUGGCCGUUCAGUAACCACCAGGCGCCAACAAAACACUGCGACUAUUACCUUUAAUAAAUAAUUACCAUUCCAAAAUAUACACCAUUCGACACAGUCAGCAAAAAAGUGCGCGGUCUGCAACACAAAUUUCACCCCCUCUCUCUCACUCUCCUGAACUGUAACUGCGGAGGCAGCGCAGCCACUAUGUGUUUAACAGUCCGAAAAACUGGUAAAUGUGCAAUCCACCAGUAAAAUCAACACUCAAACUUGCGCAACAAAAAAAGUGCCGCCAACUCACUUUUUGUGAAUGAAAAGCUUCCGGCUCCGGCGGUAACGAGGCAAGUGAAUUGUGAAACUUCGACACUCAGCAAAGAGAGAGAGAGGAAGCUCGCCCGAAACGUUAAAAUAAUGUUGAUAAUACACACCGUCAAGCUCAUCCUGAUCACGCUGAACAUUCUGCCGACGCGGUUCACCCACCGCAACGUGCUGUUUAUGAUCUAUCUGGGGACGCUGGUCACGCACGUGUUCAUGGACGAGCCCCGAUUCGCCCAGCCCAUCCCAAAUGUGACAGUGGCAGUGGGUCGAGACGCAAAUCUACCAUGCGUGGUUGAACAUCUCGGAACGUACAAAGUCGCCUGGAUCCACAUAGACCGGCAGAUGAUACUGACGAUCCACCGGCACGUCAUCUCGCGGAUACCGCGGUACAGUGUCACCUACGACAACUCAAACACGUGGCUGCUGCACGUGAACCAGGCCCAGCAGGACGACCGGGGCUACUACAUGUGCCAGGUCAACACGAACCCCAUGAUCAGCCAGGUUGGCUAUCUGCAAGUAGUUGUGCCUCCCAACAUCCUGGACAUCGAGAGCACGCCUUCGUCGGUGGCGGUGCGCGAGAACCAGAACAUCAACAUGACGUGCCGGGCCGACGGCUUCCCCACGCCCAAGAUCAUCUGGAGGCGCGAGGACGGCCAGAGCAUCACCGUCGAGCGGAAAAAGAAAGUGAUGGUUUACGACGGCGAAGUGCUACAUCUGACAAAAGUGAGCCGAAACGAGAUGGGUGCUUAUCUCUGCAUCGCCACUAAUGGUGUGCCACCAUCAGUGUCUAAGCGGAUUAUUCUCGACGUUGAGUUUUCCCCCAUGAUUUGGGUGCCAAACCAGCUGGUUGGAGCACCUCCGUCGACGGAUGUCACCAUAGACUGUCAUACGGAAGCGCACCCAAGGGCGAUCAUCUACUGGGUCUACAACUCGGUGAUGGUGCUUCCGAGCAAAAAGUAUAUAAUCGAUUACAACGAAAACUCUUAUCGGGCCCACAUGAAGCUAACCAUCAAGAAUUUAUCGCUCGGUGAUUUUGGGAAUUAUCGCUGCAUAUCGAAAAACUCGCUCGGCGAAACCGAGGGCUCGAUCCGCGUCUACGAAAUUCCGAUGCCGUCGACACCGUCGAAGCAAAUAACACACGUAGUGGAACCGAAAGAAGUGCUGCCAGCGCGGAACGAAAGCUUGAAAAACGUCCAGCUGCAGCAGCCAGAGGUGCUGUUCCCGCUGAAGAACGACGAAAGUUACGCGCAACGCUCGCCCAACGGGAUCCCGUUCGAGCGCAAGGGACUGCCGAUUGGCAGCCAGGGCUUCUACACGGACUCGCCGCCGAAGGACUUUGGGGUGUCGCACGCAACUUCGCUCCGGUGGAACUGCAAGGUGUUUUACACGUUGGUCAAAAUUUUAAGCAUAUCUUCGACGCUCACCUACUCCUACUGUAUCGCGAACCAACUGUUUCUGUAAACUAGACUAGACACCUCCAGGAGAUGAUACCACACGCUAGAAGGUACCAAAAUUGUAAAAAGAUGACACAUAUAUCAAAGCGUUCCGUUUCAAGAAAAAAUAAACGACAGAGAGUCCCAUAUCACAGUAGAACACAUCGCGUUCCCUGAGUUCCAGAAUUAAAAAGAAAACAAAAAUCCCAACAUAUCGUAAGUUUGUACAUUGUAAACUGCAGAAUAGCAUGCAAAAGAGGCUAAGCAAGUGAUACUAUAGUCAAUGUUGAAGCAACCAAACUCAGAAAUCCAGUUUGCCAACCUAACCGUACCCAUAUCCCACACCAGAACCAAAUCAACCAACAGAUUCCUAAAACUCUAGAAAAGACACAAACACACACUUGAAGACUAGCACAUACACACUUUCAAUUAUAUUAGAAACAAGUAACGAAACUACUAAUUUAGGAGAUGUUGACACAAUAAUGAUUCUUUAACGAAACUAUAAACUAAGCAAAUCUAGCAAAAGAUGAGGAUGAAUAAUUAAAGAAACAUGCGCUUUUUGUUGCGAGAAAAUCGACAUGAUCAAUAAAACCUAUUGAAAACCAACCAAACAAAAAAAACACUAUUUAUAUCUUAGCGUAAAGGCAUAAACACAAUAGGCUGAUUUCACAAUGUAUCAUAUAAGGAAAACAAACGAAUCAAAUCAGUUGUUAAUUAGAUGUAAUUCAUAGAUAUUUAAACGCGCUUCAACAGUGUGGCCAACACUAUUUCGUCAACAACAGAGAAAUCGAAAAGAAAAAAAAAAAAA